CGGUAGUGACGUCACGCACUCACUCCGGAAAAGACCUGUCAGACGGCGGCUGCUAGCCGCGUGUUUUGGUGACGUAGCAAACAACAGAAGACACUUUUUAUAAAUUUAAUUAGAGCAUUUAUUCUCACGCACAGCGAUGAAGACUGUGUUUGUUACCGUGGGAACUACCAGCUUCGACCAGCUUAUCGAGGAAAUAACGUCUGCCCAUGCUGUUAAGGCUUUAAAAGACCGCGGAUAUGAGCAGUUGGUCCUUCAGGUUGGACGAGGGUCCUUCCUCCCAGACGCCCACACCUGUCCACACAUCUACCUGGAGGUGUUUGCCUUCAAAGACUCCAUAGCAGAGGACAUGGAGCAGGCAGACCUGGUCAUCAGCCACGCAGGUGCGGGAAGCUGCUUGGAGGCCCUGGGUGCGGGCAAAGCCUUGCUGGUGGUGGUCAAUGACAAGCUGAUGGACAACCACCAGCUGGAACUGGCCAGGCAGCUGCACCAGGACUCCCAUUUGCUCUACUGCACCUGCAGCACUCUGACGGAAACACUGCGGACCAUGGAUCUGUCCGUCCUUCAGCCCUUUGUGCCCGGUCAGCCAAAGAAGUUUGCGGACUUCAUGAAAAGAGCUCUAGGUCUCCAGUAAAGCUUCAUGUUGAUGAUUACCAGCGGAUGGCAGAGGGUGUGUCAGUCCAUUAGGCCUAAAAAUGAGCGAUCAUCCAUCUUCACCAAGACAGGACUUUGGUCACUUGUUUGACAUUUCCAGCACCCGAGGGCCGGCUGCUGCCAGAUCAUUAUUAAGAAAAAAUGACCGACAGAAAGGCGAGAAACACUUUUUAUUACAACAGACUCUCGCUCCGCCUUAGGACCGACUGACCCAUGUUCCUCUGCUGUCCACAUGGAACCCUUCUCCACAAGUUCUUGUUUGAAUAUCUGCUACUACCACCAAGAUCUGCACCCGUCUUACUGUCUAUAUCAACCAACACCUUUUCUGGGGUCUGACGGGCGUCGGCAUCGGGCGCCUCAACCCGGCGUUCGGUUCAUCCCGCAGAGCCGGUUCUGAUAACCAAAAAUGGCCCCACUUUUAUCUUGGCACAACCUAGAACAGGGGUCUCCAGCCUCGUUCAAGCCAGGCAGCAGUUCAGAAGAGAUGUGGGUGUGAAACUACUGGAUUUGACGGAACAAGCCUGAACUACUGCCUGGCUUAUUUUGCAAUGACUGAUUGUAAGGAUUGCAAGGCAUCCUCACUGCACCUGUGCCCGGGUUUUGAACUUGCCGUCAAAACUCUAAAGACUGACCACACAGUUCCUGUCUUCACAAUAAAUGCACUGCUUCUUUCUGCCGGCGUUAACACAAUAAGAGUCUCAGAAAGCUGGCGCACACAAGCGAGCAAGCCACAGAGUUUGCCGCCAUUGUAUAAUCAAGCUCCGGCCGAGUCAUACCAAAGACUAUAAAAAUGGGCGUCAGUACCUCCCUGCUUGGCACUCAGCAUCAAGGGUUGGAAUUGGAGAUUAAAUCACCAAAAAUUAUUCCCGGGCGUGGCCACUGCUGAUGCCCACUGCUCCCCUUACUUCCUAGGAGGUGAUCAAGGGUGAUGGGUCAAAUGCAGAGAAUAAUAGAAUAGAAUAGAAUAAAAAAGUUCUUUAUUGAUCCCUAGUGGAAAUUCAGCACCACAGUUUGCUCACAAUAGACAAUAAACACGUAGUUAUUUUUACAUGUGAAUAACAUAAAUACAGCCUAUUAUGCAUCAUUAUUCACAUGUGAAUAACAGUCCAUUAUACAGCAUUAUUCACAUGUGAAUAACAUAAAUACAGUCUAUUAUACAGUAUGAUUCACAUGUGAAUAAUAUAGUCUAUUAUACAGCAUUAUUCACAUGUAAAUAACAUAAAUACAGUCUACUAUACAGUAUGAUUCACAUGUGAAUAACAGUCUAUUAUACAGCAUGAUUCACAUGUAAAUAACAUAAAUACAGUCUAUUAUACAGCAUUAUUCACAUGUGAAUAACAUAAAUACAGUCUAUUAUACAGCAUUAUUCACAUGUAAAUAAUAUACAGUGUAUCAUACAACAUUAUUCACAUGUGAAUAACAUAAAUACAGUAUUAUACAGCAUUAUUCACAUGUAAAUAACAUAAAUACAGUAUUGUACGGCAUUAUUCACAUGUGAAUAACUACGGUCUAUUAUACAGCAUUAUUCACAUGUGAAUAAUAUAAAUACAGUCUAUUAUACAGCAUCAUUCACAUGUAAAUAACAUAAAUACAGUAUUAUACGGCUAUCACAUGUUAAUAUAAAUACAGUCUAUUAUACAGCAUUAUUCACAUGUGAAUAACAUAAAUACAGUCUAUUAUGCAGCAUUAUUCACAUGUGAAUAACAGUCUAUUAUACAGCAUUAUUAAUAUGUAAAUAACAUAAAUACAGUCUAUUAUACAGUAUGAUUCACAUGUGAAUACAGUCUAUUAUACAGCAUUAUUAACAUGUAAAUAACAUAAAUACAGUCUAUUAUACAGUAUGAUUCACAUGUGAAUAACAGUCUAUUAUACAGUAUUAUUAACAUGUAAAUAACAUACAGUCCAUUAUACAUUAUGAUUCACAUGUGAAUACAGUCUAUUAUACAGCAUGAUUCACAUGUAAAUAACAUAAAUAUAGUUUAUUAUACGGAUAUCACAUGUUAAUAUAAAUACAAUCUAUUAUACAGCAUUAUUCACAUGUGAAUAACAGUCUAUUAUACAGCAUUAUUCACAUGUGAAUAACAGUCUAUUAUACAUCAUUAUUAACAUGUGAAUAACAUGAAUACAGUCUAUUAUUUCGCCACAACUUAACUUAAAAGGAGUAUGGAAGCUGGACAAACAAGAUGGCAAAAAUAAAGCACUCUAAUUGGUGUUGGGCAGAAAAGAGGACUUUUUUCCUCUAUUUGAAAAUGUGGAUGUUACUCUCUAAUUCCAAUCAAUGCAAGUCAUCAUAUUUAGGAAAUACAGUAACUUUUAUUAUUGUCUUCAUGAAAGAAAGGAAUGUUAAACAUGCUUUAAUUCUCAUUAAACACCUUUUGAACUUGUUAACGUUUGUUUCAUAAAUAAAUCAAUAUAAAUGAUCUCCUCCACUUGGUCCAUUAAAGAGUAGCUGGCCCCUGAUGUACAGUAAGGAUAUGCUAGAGAGGAAGACCAGAUACUGGUCAGAGUUUAAUCACCAUGUCCACCUCAAGCAGGCCAAAGUCCAGUUUCAAUUCACUUUGUAUCAAAAUAAUCUCAAACUUGCACGCUGAGUCGACUUCGCUCCAAAGAACGGGAUUUCCCUCGACCUGCAGUUCAAGUCGUGUCAGGAAAAUAGAUGUAUAUUUAUGGUUUGAAGACUUUAUACUGGGUAAUAAGGAAGGCGCCAUUAAAAUGUUGUUGUGAUUAUUCUAGCCACCAUUGUGCAAGUGGCAGGCGGUUGAGAUCACACUGGGAUAUUUGCCUGGUAACCUGAUAGUCCGCUGUGUGUCUCAAGGUUACACACACACACACCUGUUGGUACUGAAUUCACUGUGGGUGUUGACUUAACCUUUUCACUUACUUGAAGCACUUUCAUCACCAGUGGCUAGUGCCUUGAACUAAUUAAGACUAGUAUGUACCAACUAGGAACUUCUAAUCACGGUCAUAAAUAUUACAAACCCCGUUUCCAUAUGAGUUGGGAAAUUGUGUUAGAUGUAAAUAUAAACGGAAUACAAUGAUUUGCAAAUCCUUUUCAACCCAUAUUCAGUUGAAUGCACUACAAAGACAAGAUAUUUGAUGUUCAAACUCAUAAACUUUAUUUUUUUUUGCAAAUAAUAAUUCGAAAUUUAUGGCUGCAACACGUCCCAAAGUAGUUGGGAAAGGGCAUAUUCACCACUGUGUUACAUUACCUUUUCUUUUAAAAACCCUCAAUAAACGUUUGGGAACUGAGGAAAUUAAUUGUUGAAGCUUUGAAAGUGGAAUUCUUUCCCACUCUUGCUUGAUAUACACCUUAAGUUGUUCAACAGUCCGAGGUCUUGUUGUCGUAUUUUACGCUUCAUAUUGCGCCACACAUUUUCCAUGGGAGACAUGUCUGGACUGCAGGCGGGCCAGGAAAGUACCCGCACUCUUUUACUACGAAGCCACGCUGUUGUACCACGUGGCUUGGCAUUGUUUUGCUGAAAUAAGCAGGGGCGCCCAUGAUAAUGUUGCUUGGAUGACAACAUACGUUGCUCCAAAACCUGUAUGGACCUUUCAGCAUUAAUAGUGCCUUCACAGAUGUGUAAGUUACCCAUGCCUUGGGCACUAAUACACCCCCAUACCAUCACAGAUGCUGGCUUUUGAACUUUGCGCCUAUAAUUAUUUAAGUGUGAUUUGUUUUUAAGUGUCAUUCCGGAGGACGCCACGUCCUCUGUUUCCAAAUUUAAUUUGAAAUGUGGACUCCUCAGACCACAGAACACUUUUAAACUUUGCAUCAGUCCAUCUUAAAUGAGCCCGGGCCCAGCGAAGCCGGCGGCGUUCCUGGGUGUUUUUGAUAAAUGGCUUUAGCUUUGCAUAGUUGAGUUUUAACUUGCACUUACAGAUGUAGUGACAAACUGUAUUUCUUCCGUCCAAAGGCAAAACCCAGUAACUCAAUUUUGGUCAAAACUGAGCUGAUAAUAAUUUUGGAGUUCCUAAGUGAUAUGCUUUACAUUAGUGUAUGCGAUAUUGUAAUUUGUUCCUUAAGUAAGCUGUUACGCGCAUGGCAGGACCUAGCAACUACCACAUAACCGCGUAGAUACAACAGAAAAUCCUAGUAUCUCAAGGGACCAAUCGGAGCUUCUUUGUCAAUCGCCUUAUUGUCUGUCUUUAAUGAGACAUUUGCACGAAUGGGGGCCGACGGUCAACCUGAUUAUGUGAUAUUAUGGCACGAGGGGAUAUUUGGAAGAUUGGCCCAGGACGUUGCAAGCACCUUCAUUAAAUGUAUUGUUCUUGAUUCUUCCCCUUGCAUACUUUUUUUGGGCGGAUAACUGUGGAGGUCAAAAUAAAAACUGGAUGCAGAAUGGGGCCCACCCGAGAUUGUGAUAAAAUAUCUGGAGAAAGGGCACACAUUCAUGAGAGCAGAUUCAAACCAUGGCUCAAUCGGCAAGAAAAUGAAAGCUCAAGAAAACCUCUAUACGUUUGAUGACUUUGUAGAUCUUUGUAAGACAGCAUCAAGAUAGAUUGGUUUUCCUUUGUUUUCUCAAAAUCAGCUAGACGUGAGUUACUAGGUUUUGCCUUUGCACGGGAGAUUUAGUGACAGUGGUUUUCUGAAGUGUUCCUGAGCCCAUGUGGCGAUAUCCUUUACACACUGUCGGUUUUUGAUGGAGUACCGCCUGAGGGGUCAAAGUUCCGUAAUAUCAUGGCUUACGUGCAGUGAUUUCUCCAGAUUCUCUGAACCUUUUGAUGAUUUUACGGACCGUAGAUGGUAAAAUCCCUAAAUUCCUUGCAAUAGCUCGUUGAGAAAUGUUGUUCUAAAACUGUUCGACAAUUUGCUUACAAAUUGGUGACCCUCGCCCCAUCCUUGUUUGUGAAUUACUUAACAUUUCAUGGAAGCUGCUUUUAUACCCAACCAUGGCACCCACCUGUUCCCAAUUAGCCUGCACACCUGUGGGAUGUUCCAAAUAAGUGUUUGAUGAGCAUUCCUCAACUUUAGCAGUAUUUAUUGCCACCUUUCCCAACUUCUUUGUCAUGUGUUGUUGGCAUCAAAUUCUAAAGUUAAUGAUUAUUUGCACACAAAAAAAAUGUUUAUCAGUUUUAACGUCAAAUAUGUUGUCUUUGUAGCAUAUUCAACUGAAUAUGAGUUGAAAAGGAUUUGCAAAUCAUUGUAUUCCGUUUAUAUUUACAUCUAACACAAUUUCCCAACUCAUAUGGAAACGGGGUUUGUACUUAUUGUUAUGAAGGUGUCUGUUACUAAAUGAUAUACAUACUUGCAUUGUAUAUAUAAAAUGUUGAUGGAGGCUUUAAAAGUUGUUUUCGAGGUUUGAAGGCUCCAAUGGUGACUACCAUCCGCUACAUUGUUCGAGAGUUUUUUUUAUUAUCUUUAGAAUUUAAAAAAAAAUACUUGUGUUCUUGUCUUUAUUGUCAACAUUUAUUAUGUACGUAUUCUAUAGACCUGAUGUUAUAUCAUGAUAAAUGACCAAGACUGCAUCUGUUUAUUAUUACUUCAUAAAACCACCUUUUUGGUUAUUAUAUUUUCCUUAUAAAGUAAUAAAUUUAACUUAAAAUACUUCAGGUUGAGGGCUUUUUCUUAUAUUUUUUCAUGUGAGAUUAAAAAUGGAUCAAUUAAUUACAGCUCAUGAAUAAUUAAUUUCCUUAAUGGCUUGACUGCGCUAGUUUGAGCCAAUUUAACUUAACUCAAAGUUGUUUCCAGCCAAUAUCUCCCCUAGGCAGCAAAGUCACGCAGGUGUAAGAAGAAGUUAACCACUGCAUAAUAAAAUUAAAAUAAAGUCAAACUACA